UGGAAUUGCAAGAAACCUCGAGACUGAUCAAAUACUACCUUAAUUUCCUUGCUUCUGAAAAGGCACAGCGCGCAGCGGCUUAUCAACCUACUCCUUGGGAAUUACUCACUCCCCAAGAACAACGCGCCAGAGCUCUAAAACGCGUAGAAAUCAACAAAGAAAACAGAAUUAACAACCUGUUCGCCUUCAACUCCCUCAAGCGCCAACACAAAAACCGUCGCCGCGAAAUUCUUGCAGAACUUAAAGAGAAAAGACUUGCCAAAAUGUCCGUUAUUUCUAGUUCAAGCGCUGCUACUACCCCUGCUGCCCACACCACUGCUCAUAGCCCAGUCUCAGGUCCAACAACCCCAACCUGCACGGACCCCUCCCUCCAGCGACCCGACCUCGCCGUAGCAAGUCAGCUGGAGGAACGGGUGAACCGUUUGAAAUUGAUAACGAUCCAAAAGAAAUUAGCGCCAAUAGCCACCAAGGCGACGGUGACAUUGGAUCCCAACGGCUUAGCCCCGCUAACCAACCUCGCAACGACCUUGGCGGAAAAAACCGCGGUCCCAGCGAUGACUUCGGCGACCAUAGCCCAAGAUCGCAUGGACUUGGAUGACGCGGCGCAAAAAACGCCAGUCCAGAACACGAACCCAGCGACCAUAGCUUCGGAAGCGAUGGACGUGGAUCCUAUAGCCUCAACAUUUUCGGUGGAUAUCCAGCUACUCCGCAAGUUGCCGGAGAAGCAGGUUCUAUCCAAAGAAGAGAGGAUCAAACUCCUAGUGAAAGAGCAUAUACACCUCUGGAAGAGGUGCACAGUAGCCCAACAGUCCGGCGCGAUGGAAGAUCUCAAAAUACUUCUCCAUCAAGCGCAGGACAGUCAAAAAGUUCUCCAGAAACUAAUUCCCCGCAAGGAGUUAGAAGAGUUCGUCAAGGGCUGGAACCCUUGGACGAUCAAGAAGGAGUUGUUUCCCACCGCGCCGAAGAAAAACGACGGCAAGAAGCGCUCCUCCUCCUCCAAAGGAGCGAAGGAACUUUACAACGACCCAAACCGUUGGAAAAUGGUCAUGAGGGGCUGCAACACCCUUGAGGCAGCUUACCGCCACAUGGCGGACUAG